CGGGAGGAGCAGGAGGAGGAGGAGCAGCAGCAGGAGGAGGAGGGGGAGGAUUGGAGACGGAAGGAAGGGCGGCAUAUACCACCGGCUCUGGAGGGGGAGCAGAGGCCAGGGAAGGGAAUGCAGGAGGGUUAAGCGAGACACAACUACAAAGCCCACACAAGCCUAAGAUCGUUCUACCUUCCAGCAGUCCCUAUUCCAGCCCUUACGCCAGCCCCUUUGCCAGCCCACGCAAGGGAUCCCCGUUAGUAGGCUCCCCGUUACUAUCCCCCUCCAGGCCGGCCCAUGCUAACUCCCGAACCGGAUUCAUAACCCCUGGGGCUAUGACCCCUGGGGGGGGGAGCCUGGCAGUUAGCCCCGGUACCGUGGCUGCGCAGCAGGAUCGGGACCAGGCCAAGCUGGCGGAAAUCCAGAACAUGUUUGCCAACUGGAAUCACGGAACGCCCGUCCCGUCCCCCAGGGCUGGAGCCUCGGCUCGGGCCGAAGCUGGCUUCCCGCUUCGGACGCCCCAGCCUAGCGACUACUACCGAAUCGAUGGGGAGAAAAUGGAGGGGGAGGGGGGGAAGGAGAGGAGGGAGCAGCAGAGGCUCUGGGGCCUACUCGUGCUAAUGUGCUGGGGAAACCAUAUGAGGAUAUUAGCGGGAGGUACAGGCUUGCUGAAAAGGAGCUAGGGAGAGGGAACUUCGGUGUGAUCCACGUGGCGGAGAACCUGCAGACUGGGGAGAUGUGUGCUUGCAAGAGCAUUACAAAGGCCAAGUUCGAGUGCUGGGACGAUGUGGAGGACGUGAGGCGGGAGGUGAGCGUGCUGGAGAUGCUGAGGAACCACCCGUUCGUGGUGUCCAUCAUAGAGACAGUGGAAGACGAUAAGGAGGUCCACAUCAUCAUGGAGCUGUGCAACGGAGGGGAACUCUUUGACAGGAUUCUCGACCGCAAGUACUACGGGGAGAGGCAGGCCGCACGGGUGAUCCGGUCGGUGGUGGAGGUGCUUGACUUCUGCCACUCCCGGGGCAUUGUGCACCGGGACUUAAAGCCCGAGAACAUUCUGUUGGUGUCCAAGCGGAGCGACACGAGGGUCAAAGUGAUCGAUUUCGGCAUGGCGUACUGCCUCAAGCCAGGCGAGCGCUGCAAGCUGAGAGCUGGAACCCCCAACUACAUCGCCCCUGAAGUCAUCGCCAAGAAUUACGGAGCAGAAGCGGACAUCUGGAGCGCGGGGGUGAUUCUCUACGUGCUGCUGUGCGGGCUGCCGCCCUUCUGGGGCGACACCACAGAGGAUGUGUUCAAGAGCAUCUUGUGGCAGGAGCUGGAUUUCGACACGGAGCCGUGGCCCGUGGUCAGCACGGCUGCCAAGGAUUUGGUUCGACGCAUGCUGUGCCGGAAAUACGAGCGGAGAAUCACUAUUGCCGAGAUUCUGAAGCAUCCCUGGAUCAAGGCACUCACAUAACGGAUCCAGGGAUCAAGGCAGUCAGCCUUGAUGGAGUUUCUAAGGAUCCUUGAGGGUGGGUCCAAGGGGGUGUGGCCGUGCACUCAAGUGCUGAGGAUGUCUUUUUUUGAGGCGCCUCAAAAACGAUUUUUGAGGCGCCUCAAAAACUUGAGGGUGGGUCCAAGGGAGUGUGGCUGUGCACCCAAGUGCUGAGGAUGUCGGAAUGGGCAAGGGAGAGGGGUGGGGGAAAGGGAGGCAAGUUGUAUUUUGAGUCGACUCAAAAUACAAUCGGAAUGGGCAAGGGAGAGGGGUGGGGGAAAGGGAGGCAAGUGAAGUGAGGAGAUGUAUGGAGGAGUGGGAGGACGAAUAAGGAGUGGAGCGGAGGUUUACAGGGGCAGAGGUAGCAGGGGCGGAGGUAAUAGCAGGGGCGGAGGUAAUAGCAGGGGCGGAGGUAAUAGCAGGGGCGGAGGUAAUAGCAGGGGCGGAGGUAAUAGCAGGGGCGGAGGUAGCAGGGGCGGAGGUAAUAGCAGGGGCGGAGGUAGCAGGGGCGGAGGUAAUAGCAGGGGCGGAGGUAGCAGGGGCGGAGGUAAUAGCAGGGGCGGAGGGCAAAUGGGGGGGUGAGGAUGGAGGAGGCGGCAUGUUGCUACCAUUCUUUUGUUGUGUGUUGAAGUCAAUUCAUGGAGGCGGAGUGCUGUUAGCUGGAGUACCAGCAGCACUACCAAGGCAGCUAAGCAGGGCAGCAGCACCAGCAACGCCAGCUAAGCAGCAGCACCAGCAACGCCAGCUAAGCAGCAGCACCACCAGCAACGCCAGCUAAGCAGCAGCACUAACAUCAUUGGCAGCAGUUACAGGGGCAGCAGCAGCUGCUGCAACGUGAGCAGAAGAGGCAGCAGGAGGGUGAGCAGGGAGAGCGAGUGGGGGCAGCAGGCUUCCUGCUCCCCCAAGGCUUCCUGCUCCUUCUGCUCCCCCAAGGCUUUGUGCUCUGGGGGAGGAUGAUGGAUAAUUGAUCGAUGCAUCCUUUGCUGACUUGGACGAGAGGCAGUGAUUGCGGGCAGCAACAGCAGGAGCAGCAACAGCAGGAGCAGCAGGAGCGCUGUAAGUGGGUGCAGGAGGAGACAAAAACGGCAGCAGCAGAAGCAACAGAAGCACCAUGAGGUGCAGCUAUUCGCCCCCCAUGCGUUCAGGAGGAGCAAUUGAACUAAAUGCAGUCAUCGAAAGCAAACCAGCCCAUUGCGGGAAAGCGGGUUUCACACCGCCACUGGAGUGGCGGUGCCGGCAGAGCUUCAAGCUUCAGUACGGGCUAAAGACUGAAGACUGAGGGCUGAAGACUGAGGCCUUCAAAUUCUCCAUAUCAUCUGCCAUGUCAUGUGCCGUGUCAUUUGCACCACACUCUGCUUACCCACUUCCCAGACUAAUCCUUCUGUGUGUGUGAAUCUGUUUUCUUGGCCCAUCAUUUCCAUUAUGGCAUGCUUCUAGCAAUUCACCACUCCCUCUUGCACCUCAUUUUCUAACUUUAAGCACCUCUUUUUUUUGUCUGUAUGUCCAUUCUGUAGACAUGUACCUUUUUUACACUUCCAAUUGCUGUAAUUUAGUUGUUACGUCUUUCUAUACUAAAUCCAAAUAUUUAUG